AUGUCAACAACUCCACAACAAGCUGGCCAGCCACAGGUCACAACUCAACUCCCACUUCCGACUGAAUUCGACGGCGGAAACGGACCUCAACAAAGCGAACUGUGGCCAAAAUGGAUCAGACGUUUCGAGCGGUAUCGUGUUGCUUCGGGUCUUACAAAGAAACCGGACCACGAACAGGUUAGCACUCUUUUGUAUGCUAUGGGAGAUUGUGCCGAUGAUAUAUUAAUAACUUUAAGGAUCUCGGAAGACACCGCAGAUUAUGAUGAAGUGGUACAAGCAUUGAACAAACACUAUGAAGGUCGCCGAAACAUUAUUGUGGAGAGGGCUCGCUUCAAUAAACGCAAGCAACAGCCAGGGGAACCGAUGGAUGUAUUUAUUCAAGACCUAUACAGGCUAGCAGACCACUGUGAGUAUGCUGAACUCAAAGAUAGCUUAAUCAGAGACAGGAUUGUCGUUGGUGUCACCGAUGAUAAACUUUCUGAUAAUCUCCAAUCCAAAUCUGACCUCACUCUUGACAGAGCUGUACAGCUUUGCCGGCAAGCUGAGUCUCGUAAACAGAACCGAGAUAUUGUGAGAGGCGAAACACAACGGACACAAGUUGAUCACCUCCGGUCCACUGCAUCCUAUCGCGAGAAAAAGGGAACGAGUACAACUGGAAAAUCAAAAAGUGCACAGUCUAAUCCACAUCCCAGCCAGGACACUGCAUGUCAAUGGUGUGGGAAAGAACGACACAAGCGCUCAAAUUGCCCAGCCAAAGAUACAAUUUGUGCUAAUUGUAAAAAACAGGGACAUUACAAGGCUGUUUGCCGCAGUCCAAUGUACACAUCGACAAGAGUACAUGAAGUGCAGGAUCACGAAUAUGACCAUGAAGUGCAGGAUCACGAAUAUGAUAAUGACUUGCCAUUUCUUGGUGAAAUCUCCAGUAAUAAGGAUUACUGGAAUGCCGACAUAUCUGUCAAUGGACACAACACACGCUUCAAGUUGGACACAGGAGCGACAGUUUCCGUUGUUAGCGACAAUGAGCCAUGGUUAUCUGGACUAACACUUAUCUCGACAAGCCAAUCCCUUCGCGGGCCAGGUAACACUCCGCUUCCAGUGCUAGGCAUGCUCAACGCCACACUUCAGUAUCGUCACAAACAAAUCAGAGAACGCGUAUUCAUCAUCAAGGACCAGAAAUGCUCAUUGCUAAGUAAAACAGCAUGCGUUGAACUUGGCCUCAUACAACGAAUCAAUGAGGUACAAACCGGGUCUACAUCAGCCGAUUUCCGUGCAGAAUUUCCAAAGCUUUUCACAGGUUUGGGAAGAUUAAUGAAUGAGUACCAUAUAACGCUACGCCAAGAUGCAAAGCCUGUUCGACUGUGCUCACCACGGAAAAUUCCACAUCCACUACUUCCAAAGGUGAAAUCCGAAAUUGACAAAAUGAUCACGCAGGGAGUAAUUUCUCCAGUGACAGUGCCCACUGCGUGGUGCUCUGGAAUCGUCCCUGUACCCAAGUCUAACGGUAACAUACGGAUAUGCGUUGACCUCACACAGCUGAACAAAGGAGUGGAACGCGAACUACAUCCUAUGUCUUCGGUCGACGAAAGUCUUGCUAAACUCGGCAAAAGCAAGAUUUUCACCAAGCUCGACGCUAAUAGCGGUUUCUGGCAACUUCCACUGGAUGACGACUCAAAACUGUUGACGACAUUCAUUACACCAUUCGGUCGAUACUGUUUCAACAGACUGCCAUUCGGUAUAAGCUCAGCGCCAGAAAUUUUUCAACGCACAAUGUCAUUAAUCCUCGAGGGACUUGAUGGAGUCAUCUGUCAUAUGGAUGAUGUCCUCAUCCACAGUACCAAUCAGACAGAACACGAUAGUCGGGUGAGAGCAACCCUACAACGUCUACAGGACGCCGGACUGACACUUAAUGACAAAUGCGAGUUUUCAAAAGGAACAAUCAAGUUCCUUGGCCACAUUGUCAAUGCAUCUGGACUUAGUGUGGACACACGCAAGACAACAGCAAUCGCUCAGUUCCCGGUACCCACUAACAUUACAGAGCUACAACGCUUUAUGGGUAUGGUAAACCAGUUGGGUAAAUUCAUUCCAUCCCUAGCUGAGUUCAACGAACCACUGAGACAACUACUACGGAAAGACAAUUGCUGGUAUUGGGGCGAUAUGCAACAGAAGUCGUUCCAGCGAAUCAAAGACAUGCUAGUUUCGUCUGAAAUACUCGCUCACUAUGACCCAAACCGCCCAACGAUCAUCGCAGCCGAUGCAUCUCAAGCAGGUAUCGGUGCAGUUCUGCUACAAAUACAGGAUGAUGGCAAUCGCCGCCCUAUUUGCUACGCAUCGCGUUCUCUGAGUGACACGGAAAAACGAUAUGCUGUCAUUGAAAAGGAAGCGUUGGCAACAACUUGGGCAUGUGAGAAAUUCAACGAAUACGUUCUGGGAUUACACUUCACAGUAGAGACUGAUCAUAAGCCUCUGGUCCCUCUACUAAGUACAACCGAACUCUCCAAAAUGCCUCCGCGCAUUCUACGGUUUCGUCUCAGAUUAAUGCGGUUCAACCCAAUAGUCAUGUAUGUGCCUGGCAAGCAUCAACUCACAGCAGACGCACUUUCACGAGCUCCAGUCGGUAUGCCAGGAAAUUCUGACAUCGAACUCAUUGCAGAGAUCGACAAUUUCGCAUCGUCUGUGUUACAUGCAUUGCCUGCAACUUCGCAACGCCUCCGUGACAUUGGCCAAGCCCAGCGAGCAGAUGAAGAAUGCUCGCAAAUCAGACAGUAUUGUUCACAAGGCUGGCCUACAUACAUGCCCCACUUACCGUUGCUUCGACAAUAUUGGCAGAGCAGAAACCAUCUCGCAAUCGUCGAUGAUUUGCUCCUGUACGACCAACGCAUUGUGAUCCCCAGAAGAAUGCGACUGGAAAUCCUCGACUGCAUACAUCAGGGACACCUUGGCAUCACAAAGUGUCGAGCACGCUCACAGACAUCAGUAUGGUGGCCUGGACUGUCAAAAAGUAUUGAGCAACUGGUCACAAACUGCACCACAUGUGCAAAGGAACGUCCCGAGAUCAAGGAACCGCUUAUGUCGGCCUCAUUUCCAUCGCGCCCGUGGGAAAGAUUAGGUACAGAUCUUUUUCAGCACCAAGGGAAAGUUUAUCUUAUAGUGAUCGACUAUUACUCCAGGUGGAUGGAAAUCAAACAGCUCAAUAAACAAAAAUCACAGAGCGUGAUUAAUGUACUGAAACAGAUAUUUGCAGUACACGGGAUUCCAGACGUCGUCAUGUCUGACAAUGGCCCCCAAUUCAGUGCUGAGACUUUUCAACAGUUCGCAGCAACCUAUGGAUUUACACAAGUGACCAGCUCGCCAAGGUAUCCACAGGCUAAUGGUGAGGCAGAGAGAGCCGUCCGCACUGCAAAAGCUCUUCUGAAGAAGAACUCUGACCCAUAUCUUGCUCUCCUCACUUAUAGGUCAACCCCACUACAAAAUGGCCUAUCCCCUAGUGAGCUACUGAUGGGAAGACGAUUGAGAACACAACUUCCUGUCCUACCAAUGACACUCGUGCCAAGCGUGCCAAAUCACUCUAAGGUACGCGGAAAGGAAGACGCCUAUCGAUCGGCCCAAGAGAACUCUUUCAACCGCAGACACAGUGCGCGAGAACUACCCACUCUCCGACCAGGUGACCCUGUGUGGAUUCGUGACCAAAAACGCACAGGUCAGAUAGUGGAAAAAACUCACUCACCCCGGUCAUACAUUGUUAAAAGUGACCAGGGUACAGUACGACGCAACCGCGGUGCACUAGUUCAUACACCCAGCGCAACACCUGAGACUACAGUCCCUAUGGAACAUCACCUGGAAACUCCAAACACUCCCACAAUAACUCAUGAUAACACUCAAACUCCAGCAACUCCGGACAAAACGCAAACCAAUUCACCAGUUGUGGAAACAAAAACUCGCUCAGGGCGUAUUGUGAAACCCCCUGUCCGUUUGGAUCUGUGA